AUGGGAGAAGUUGAGUGGCAGCCUGAUCCGCAGCUCGGUAAUGCUAACGAUGAUGUUGAUGAUAAUGUCAGCGUUCCGGGCAAGCAGAUUAACCCCCACACUUUCGUGUCACUCAACCCACUGACAACUCCCCACUUCUACCCCAUUUGCAGCUGUGCCCGCAUACCACUGAAGGUGAUCUUGGCCAUAGUCACUGUCUAUGUGUGCAUCCUCUCCUCGGAGCGCUACUUCUACUACUGGGUGCAAACCACCAUCGAGCGCACCGACGUCCAUGUAUCGGAGAUCAACUUUCCCGCAGUGACCAUUAUUCCGAUGGUUGUCACCAAUCUCAAUACGUCGGAGCAGGCACAGCGCCUCACCAGAGUCUUCAAUAUGGCCCGGGCCGUACUCUGGCAAACACCCGAUGCACCGCGACUGGAUAAACAUAGCUUCGAUGCGUUUCCCGAAUACGCCGAUCUAAAUCCCACAACGCUGGACAUAGACUCUGUAUUCGAUUCCGUGCAGUAUUCCUGCAAGUAUUUCUUUGCUGAGUGCACGUGGCGCGGCAAGCCCAUGAACUGCUGCAGUAUCUUUCGGUCAGUGUCUACCUACAGGGGAUUCGCGUACGUCUUCAACUCCCUACGCUGCGAUUUCCCAGACGAGACUUGGCCAUGGUCUGUGGCUGCCUCGGGAUCCCUCAGUGGCCUCAAUGUCAAAAUUCGUCGUAAUCAAAAUUUCUUUGAUCUAAAUAUGCUAGGGGUGAUUGUGCACGAGCCCACUCAGCUGCUGGGCCAGAGUAUCGCUUAUUCCACUGAGGAUCGGAUUGUCAUUCCCGUGGAGCCACUGCGCUUCACAGCCGAGGCAGACGUGAAGGCUCGUCCCCUCCAUAUGCGCCGCUGUCUGUUCGAGAGUGAGAUUGUGCGGCUGGGACAGUCACGUUCCGAGUGUAUCUACAAGUGCCACGUGCAGUACAUCCUAGAAAGAUGCAACUGCACAUUGGUUCUGCCCACUCCUCUGGCUACAAAGCUGGAAAACAUCACAGAUCCGACAGAAUAUAAAGGACAAACGCUUUGUGGCGUGAAGCACUUGCCCUGCUUCAAUAAUAACAAACUUUCGCUGUUCUCCAUGAGCAACAUCAUCGAGGAGUCCAGGGAGAACAUCUUCACGACCGUCGACUGCGGCUGCUUCCCCCAAUGCGAUCACACACAGUACCACACCUCCACGUACACCGAACGAUUGAGCAGCGCGGAGAACGUCGACUCGGUGGUCGAGAUAGACGUGUACUUUCAGGAGGAGACCCUCUUCUCGUAUCGCUCCAUGCUGCGUUUCACCCUAAUCGAUCUGAUGGUUUCCUUUGGUGGCAUAGCUGGUCUGAUAAUGGGAGUCUCGGUACUAGGCUGGGUUAAUGCCAUCCUGGAUCGCUUCACCUGCUGCCGCCAGCCCAACGAUGGCUAGCACUGCCACUGGCACUUCUCUGUUCUGAAUCUGUAAGAGCCGCAGCUGCGUUCCCACGUUUCUAUACCUGUAAUCGAAACAACAGAGGAACAUAAAUAAAUUCAGAACAAAAGCGCAUUAGGGGAAUGGUUUGGAAUUUAACUACCUGACGAUGCAGUGGAAAACUACUGCUUUGCCCU